AAGGCAUCAACGAAUUUGAGAUAUUCAUCAUUCCAAAAUCUUAUCUGCAUUAUCCCAUACAUUUCUACGUUUUUCAGCAGUUUUCUUUUUUCUAGCAUAGGAAAAAAAUAUCCCAAAUGUCAUCAAAUUUUUCGUUGAAUUAGUCCAGGAAAAAACUGUCCUAAUUCCCCAAUGGCAGCUACCCUUUCCUGCCACCAGUACUUUUCUCUCGUGAAAUCUCCUCUGAAGCUGACAAAUGUUAAGCAUGAGUUUCAGUUAACUCGUCUCCGAGGCAAUGCUCCCAUCGAGUUGCCUAGACCCUUGUGUUGUUCCCGGAGCCCAUCUCCAUUUCAGUCCACAAAUGAGCAGGAAAGUGGGUCAUUUUCUCUGAAGCGAUGUGCAAUUUCUAUAGCUCUAGCGGUUGGAUUGUUAACUGGAAUGCCAGCAUUGGAAGUGCCCAGCCAUGUCAAUGCCAAUGCCAUGAUGAAUCCAGCAUUGUCGGAUGUCUCGGUCUUGAUUUCUGGACCGCCAAUUAAAGACCCAGGAGCCCUGUUGAGGUACGCACUGCCCAUUGACAACAAAGCAAUUAGGGAAGUGCAGAAGCCACUUGAAGACAUUACUGAGAGUCUCAAAAUUGCUGGAGUCAAGGCUUUGGAUUCUGUUGAAAGGAAUGUCAGACAAGCAUCUCGGGCUCUGAAGCAGGGAAGGACGAUGAUUGUGUCGGGUUUAGCGAAAUCCAAGGUUGAUCACGGGGUGGACUUGCUGAACAAAUUGGAAGUUGGAAUGGAUGCACUACAGCAAGUUGUUGAGAAUAGAAAUAGAGACGCAGUUGCCCCUUUGCAAAAGGAACUUCUUAAUUACGUUGGAGGUGUUGAAGAAGAUAUGGUUGAUGGCUUUCCAUAUGAAGUACCUGAAGAGUAUAAAGACAUGCCAUUACUUAAAGGCAGAGCAGCUGUGGAUAUGAAGGUCAGGGUGAAAGACAAUCCCAAUUUGGUUGACUGUACAUUCCGCAUUGUUCUUGAUGGUUAUAAUGCCCCAGUAACUGCUGGAAAUUUUGUGGACUUGGUGGAACGGCAUUUUUAUGAUGGCAUGGAGAUCCAAAGGGCGGAUGGUUUUGUGGUUCAAACAGGAGAUCCAGAAGGGCCUGCUGAGGGUUUUAUCGACCCAAGUACGGAGAAGACCCGCACAAUACCUCUGGAAAUUAUGGUGGAUGGAGAAAAAACACCUGUGUAUGGGGCUACUCUAGAAGUAAGUUUUCCAUGUUACACUUAGCAAUCUGUAUUAGUGAAUAAGAACUAUUAAAAGAUGAUUCAGAGUCUUCGAGGAAAGAUAGGAAGACAAGCUAAAUCAAGCAUGUAGAUAUAGUCUUCAUUAGUUAUAGAUGAUCUACAUGUUCGCAUAUUGGUCAUUUUGCUGUUAUAUCAGUUCAGCUCGUGCUCCACUUUGCAUUUCUUUAAGAGAGUACUUAUUAGUGUCAUCGAUAAGUUACUGACAAUGAGUUUUGUAAUUAAACAGGAACUCGGUCUAUAUAAAGCUCAAACAAAGCUCCCGUUCAAUGCAUUUGGGACUAUGGCCAUGGCUAGAGAAGUAAGGAUUCUAAACUAAAGGAAUUUUAUAAUUAAGGUCAUGCUAUUUUAUCCACUAAAUUAUAUGCCAAAUCGCUUUUUUGCUCAUAACAGGAGUUUGAGAACAACUCGGCUUCAAGCCAAGUAUUUUGGUUACUGAAAGAAAGUGAACUAACUCCAAGCAAUGCCAAUAUACUGGACGGACGUUAUGCAGUGUUUGGUUACAUAACCGAGAAUGAGGAUUAUUUGGCAGAUCUUAAGGUUGGAGACGUUAUAGAGUCGGUACAAGUAGUCUCUGGUCUGGAAAAUCUUGUCAAUCCAAGCUACAAGAUUGCUGGCUAGGAUCCCUGUCUGCAUAGCUAUGACAAAAUAAACUCACGUCGGAUUAGUUGAGACUACUUGGGAAUCUGUUCUGUUUUCCAUCUCUAAUUUUUGGCCUUUGCCGUUGGUGAAUAUUGUUCUUGUAUUCUUUAUGCUGAUUAACAUGCGAGGUACUUGUACCAUAUUUUCUGAUAAGAGAAAUUCUACUGUCAUUUGCUGAAAUUUCUCCUCUUUACCUUUUGGCUUAAUGCUUUAUGAUGAACAUCAGUCAAAAC